AUGUCUGCGUGCAGUAGUGGUUUCAUGGCAGUGCUCUAUAGCAUAUUAUUAAUUUUCUUCACAAAAUGUGCAAAAAAUCAAGAAAUGCUGGAAGACGCUCGCUGCAACCAUUAUCCAGACCGUGGCACAUGUGAAGAUCGCGGUUUCGCGCCUAAAUGGUACUACGACCGUUAUGCACAUCGAUGCAAGCAGUUCUACUACGGAGGCUGCGAAGGAAACGAUAACCGUUUUGAUACGCUUGAAGGUAAACCCUUUCAGCUCUCAGUUAUAUCGUUAUAG